AUGGACAACGCAUAUGCGCAACCCAUCGACAAGGUCCUCAAGGGCCUUGGUGUCGACGCGACCAACGGCUUGACCGACAGCCAGGUCAUCGACUUGCGCUCCAAGCACGGCAAGAAUGCCAUCGCCGAGGAACCUCCGACGCCCAUCUGGGAGCUGAUCCUGGAGCAGUUCAAGGACCAGCUGGUCAUCAUUCUUCUCGGAUCCGCCGCUGUGUCCUUCGUCCUUGCGCUCUUUGAAGAGGAGGGUGGCUGGAGCGCAUUCGUUGAUCCCGCAGUUAUCCUCACAAUCCUGAUCUUGAACGCCGUCGUCGGUGUGUCCCAAGAGAGCAGCGCCGAGAAGGCCAUCGCGGCCUUGCAAGAGUACUCUGCCAACGAGGCUAAUGUUGUUCGCAACGAUGGCCAGAUCUCGAGGGUCAAGGCGGAGGAGCUGGUACCUGGCGAUAUCAUUUCCGUUGCCAUUGGCGACCGCAUCCCCGCAGACUGCAGGCUGAUCUCGAUCGAGAGCAACAGCUUCGCUGUCGACCAGGCUAUCCUUACGGGCGAGUCCGAGAGUGUUGGCAAAGACGCAAGCGCCGUGGUCGCCGAUGCCAAAGCUGUGAAGCAGGAUCAGGUCAACAUGCUCUUCUCCGGAACUACUGUUGUCACGGGCCGCGCCAAGGCUGUCGUUGUUCUGACUGGUUCGAACACGGCUAUUGGAGACAUCCAUGAGAGCAUCACCGCGCAGAUUUCGGAACCCACACCCCUCAAGCAGAAGCUCAACGACUUUGGUGACACUCUUGCCAAGGUCAUCACCGUCAUCUGCAUCGCUGUCUGGCUGAUCAACAUUCCCAACUUUAACGACCCCAGCCACGGAACCUGGACCAAGGGCGCCAUCUACUACCUCAAGAUUGCCGUGUCGCUUGGUGUCGCUGCUAUUCCCGAAGGUCUCGCUGUUGUCAUCACGACCUGUCUGGCGCUUGGAACCCGCAAGAUGGCUGCCAAGAACGCGGUUGUGAGGUCUCUCCCCUCCGUCGAGACCCUGGGUAGCUGCAGCGUUAUCUGUUCCGACAAGACCGGCACCCUGACCACCAACCAGAUGAGCGUUAACAAGAUCGUCUACAUUGGUGAGAACGGCACUGGCCUGGAAGAGCUCGAUGUCGAGGGAACUACUUUUGAGCCCAAGGGCAAGAUCACGCAAAACGGCAAGGUCGUUGAAGACCUGGCGCAAAAAUCCAGCACCAUCCUCCAGCUGACCGAGGUCGCUGCCUUGUGCAAUGACGCCCGCCUUGCCUAUGAUGCCCGCCUUGGUACCUUUACUAGCAUCGGUGAGCCCACUGAAGGAGCUCUUCGUGUCCUCGCCGAGAAGAUUGGCCCUUGUGCCCCCGAGGACUGCCACCCCGAGGACCGUGUCCACUACGCAAGCAGUUGGUAUGAGAAGAAAUAUCAGCACCUCGCUACCUAUGAAUUCUCUCGCGACCGCAAGAGCAUGUCUGUUCUUGUUCAGAAUGGCAAGGGUCAGAAGUUGUUGGUCAAGGGCGCCCCUGAAUCCAUCCUCGAGCGUUGCACCCACACUUUGGUCGGUGCCCAGGGCAAGAAGGUCGCCCUGGACCGCAAGCUCACUGAUCUAAUCCUCCGCGAAGUUGUCGACUAUGGAAACCGUGGUCUCCGUGUUAUUGCCAUGGCCACUGUUGAAGACGUCUCUGGAAACCCGCUCUCCAAGACUGCCAAGUCUACCUCCGAUUACUCCAAUCUCGAGCAGAACAUGACUUUCCUUGGCCUGGUCGGCAUGCUGGAUCCUCCCCGUCCCGAGGUUCCUGCGUCCAUUGCUAAGUGCAAGGAGGCAGGCAUCCGUGUCAUUGUUAUCACUGGAGACAACCGCAACACGGCUGAGAGUAUCUGCCGUUCGAUCGGUGUCUUUGGCGAGUACGAGGAUCUCAAGGGCAAGAGCUACACGGGCCGCGAGUUCGACAACCUCAGCCCCAGUGAGCAGCUCGAGGCUGCUAAGAAGGCGUCUCUGUUCUCUCGUGUCGAGCCUAGCCACAAGUCGAAGCUCGUGGAUCUCCUGCAACAGCUCGGCGAGGUCGUUGCCAUGACUGGCGAUGGUGUCAACGAUGCUCCUGCUCUCAAGAAGGCCGACAUUGGUGUGGCUAUGGGUUCUGGUACUGAUGUUUCCAAGCUGGCAGCCGACAUGGUCUUGGCUGAUAACAACUUCGCCACCAUUGAGGUUGCCAUCGAGGAGGGCCGUUCCAUCUACAACAACACUCAACAGUUCAUCCGAUAUCUCAUCUCGUCCAACAUCGGCGAGGUUGUUUCCAUCUUCUUGACGGCUGCCCUGGGCAUGCCUGAGGCUCUUAUUCCUGUUCAGCUCCUCUGGGUCAACCUCGUCACUGACGGUCUCCCCGCCACUGCGCUGUCCUUCAACCCUCCCGACCACGACAUCAUGCGCCGCCAACCGCGCAAGCGCGACGAGGCCCUGAUUGGAGGCUGGCUCUUCCUUCGUUACCUGAUCAUCGGCACCUACGUUGGUCUCGCUACUGUUGCCGGCUACGCCUGGUGGUUCAUGUACAACCCGGCCGGCCCCCAGAUCACCUUCUCGCAGCUCUCGCGCUUCCACCACUGCAGCGCCGACUUCCCCGAGAUUGGCUGCGCCAUGUUCUCCAACGACAUGGCCAAGUCUGCGUCGACCGUGUCCCUCUCCAUCCUCGUCGUCAUCGAGAUGUUCAACGCCAUGAACGCCCUGUCCUCGAGCGAGUCGCUCCUGACGCUGCCGCUGUGGGACAACAUGAUGCUCGUCUAUGCCAUUGCCCUGUCGAUGGCGUUGCACUUUGCCCUGCUCUACACCCCGGGCCUGCAGACCCUGUUCUCGAUCCUGCCCCUCGACUGGACCGAGUGGAAGGCGGUGCUGAUUAUCAGCGCUCCUGUCAUCCUUAUCGACGAGGUUCUUAAAUUGAUUGAGAGGCAGUUCUUCAUGCAAAAGACGACCGAGGUCGUCACCAAGACGAAGAAGGAGCAGUAA